AUGUCUGGACUCGAGGUGACCGGAGGUAUUAGUGCCAUUAUCGCCAUUAUCGAGGCCAGCGUGAAGAUCUGGCAACGCGCGCAGCAAGACAUCAAACUGCCCGAGACCUUCCAAACCGUAGCUCGCCGCCUCCCUCUAUUGUUAUCCUCGUUGCAAACCUGUCACGACCAGCUUGAUACUGUCAAAGAAGAACUGUCAGCCGAUGUAGUUGAGUCUUUCACGAAGAUUGUUGCGAAAUGCAAGGCAGAAGCACGUCAGCUGCGCGACAUCUUCGAAGAUACAGUGCCUGGCGAGAAUGCUGGCCGGAUCGAACGAUACAAAGUGGCGGUGAAGAGCAAGGGCAAGGGCAAGACGGUGGAAUAA